CUUGCCGCGCCAAAAACUGAACAUGUCGCACGCAUUCUCUCAGCUACACACGACGGUGAGCUCGGCGUCGCCGAGAUAUUUCGAUCCUUGGACGGUCGUAUGAUGGACUCAUCGUGGACAACAGUAUUCAAGUCACUCAUUGUCAUUCAUACAAUGAUAAGAGAGGGACGGCAAAACACAACACUGAAGCAUCUUGCCAGCAACUCGCAUCAGUUAUUGGCUAUCAAUGACAAAGGUACCCUCGAAAGCUGA